UUGAAGUUGAAGAUGAGCUCUUGAGGAGUUAUAUCGAGUGCGGUUUCCUCUAAAUAUCUCCAGUAUUUCCUCCAGAGAGUGACUAAUUUAUCUAGUCUUCUCAUAGUCAUUCCUGUUGCCCCAACAUCUGCAGUAUUAAUUGCUAAGAAAUUGUUUAUUUGAUUAAUAGUGCCAUUGUUUUCCUAAGUGUGUUGUAAAAUCAACUCCCGGAAAAAACAAAAAGUAGGACUUACCGAAGCAAAUAUUGACUCAAGUGCUGAAGGUGGCAUUUUCGAUUUAGAGAUCAUGGUAAUUUCAAAAGUUUGCUGCAUCGGAGCAGGAUAUGUGGGGGGCCCCACUUGUAGUGUGAUGGCUCUCAAGUGUCCAGACAUCCAGGUGACUGUCGUGGACCGAAGUGCAUCACGUAUAGCUCAGUGGAAUUCGGACAAAUUACCAAUUUACGAGCCUGGUUUAGAUGGUGUUGUGAAGAAAUGCCGCGGGCGGAAUCUCUUCUUCUCAACUGACAUGGAACCAGCCAUCCGUGAGGCUGAUCUCAUCUUUAUUUCCGUUAACACGCCUACGAAAACUUCUGGGCGUGGAAAAGGUCGCGCGGCUGAUUUGAAAUUUGUGGAAAACUGUGCUCGGAUGAUUGCUGAAAUUUCUCAAAGCAACAAAAUCGUGGUGGAGAAGAGUACUGUUCCGGUGAAAGCUGCUGAGAGUAUUAUGCAUAUACUGCGAGCGAAUCAGAAACCAGAGGUAAAGUAUGAGAUUCUUUCGAAUCCCGAAUUCUUAGCUGAGGGUACGGCAGUUAGGGACUUGCUGGAGCCUGAUCGGGUGCUGAUUGGUGGGGAGGAAACUCCCGAUGGACAGAAAGCCAUUGAAGCUCUGUGUUGGAUUUAUGAGCAUUGGAUACCUAAAGAGCAUAUCUUGACGACAAAUACUUGGAGUUCUGAAUUAUCAAAGUUGGCAGCAAAUGCUUUUUUGGCCCAAAGAAUCUCUAGCAUCAAUUCAUUAUCGGCUGUUUGUGAGUCUACUGGGGCAGAUGUUAGCGAAGUGGCCAGAGCAGUUGGCUUGGAUUCUCGAAUAGGGUCGAAAUUUUUACAGGCAUCUGUGGGUUUUGGUGGAAGUUGCUUUCAGAAGGACAUUCUCAAUUUGGUGUACAUCUGUGAGGGGUUGAAUUUGCCAGAAGUAGCUGCUUACUGGCAACAGGUUAUUGAUAUGAAUGAAUAUCAAAAGUCCAGGUUCACCCAGAAAAUCAUUGAGAGUUUGUUCAAUACGGUGGCUGGUAAAAGGAUUGCUAUCCUGGGAUUUGCUUUUAAGAAAGACACAGGAGAUACUAGAGAGACUCCAGCUAUUGCUGUUUGCAAGCAAUUGCUAGAUGAAGGUGCUCAAUUAAAUGUGUAUGAUCCUAAAGUGGAACCUCAUCAGAUUAUGUUGGAUCUCACUCAACCCAAAGUAACAGAUUCUCCGGAAGCUGUACAGGAAGCGGUGAAAAUUCAUGCAGAUCCAUAUUCAGCUGUUCAUGCCACUCAUGCAAUCGUUAUUUGUACAGAGUGGGAUGAAUUUAUUGACUUGGACUACAAUCGCAUUUACCAGUCCAUGAUGAAGCCAGCUUAUAUCUUUGAUGGACGAAAGAUUUUGGACCAUGAUCGCCUUCAGAAAAUUGGCUUUCAGGUGCAAACUAUUGGCAAGAGGAUGCAGCCAGGUGGAAGACAGAGAUUUUACGGCAGCAAUCCUCAGCUGUAAUGUCGUGAUAGUGCUACAGUUCAGGAAAUUACUAUAAGUUUUGGCCUCUAAAGAAGUGUUCUCUGUAGGUCAAAUCGAUUGCCGAAUAAGUAAUUUUUAUGAAUGACUCGUAUCCGCUUCCAUAUUCAAAACUAUUGAUCGCUACUCUAGGAAUAUGUUGGCACGAUUGGCGCAAAAUUUUGAGACAUUCCUAGUCGAGAUUCUGAAUCUGAUUCAGUCGUCUCAUCAAGUCGGUCCCAGAUUUCUCUUAAUCUUAAAAAUAAUGAAAAUAACGCAAAUAAUGAUUAGAUCGGUUUGACCUACACAUUAUAAUCUUCAAUACUCAUUUAGGAGUGAAAACCUUGUUGUAUUUUCCCCAAUCAAAACGAAUAAAUAACUACUGCCGCAAUAUAAAUAAAAAA